AAGCGGUCCAUCGGUCCGUUCGAUAGUGUCCGUUCUACAGAUCGUAGUACUUCCGUAGUCCUGGUGUUCCUCUGUUUAUUUGUGAAGUGACCAGUGAAGAGAUCUAAAAAACACUUCACGAGAAAGUGCCAUUCAUUCUGUGAGAGGUUAACUAUGCGUCUAUGUUUAUGCUACAAUCGCAAUGAGGAAUACCGUAACCAGUGAUCAAUCGCGGGUAUUACAGUUUUGGGCAGAGCUCUUCUUGAUACUCCAGUGUCUCAUCACUCCUUCAAUCGUACUGUCUCUGGAGGGUGAUAAUGUUUGCUAUCGUUAUGAAAGCUAUACUGAAAUGGAGACUAUCCCGCGGAAUCAAACGGUACAGGUCCUCACGAGGCAGUGGUGUCUGGAAAUACCUCCACGCUGCACCUCCUACCGUACGGAGAUUAAGGAAGUGUUUGUAAAGCAGAACGUUACCAAAACUAGGCGCGUGGAGUUUUGCUGCGAAGGCUACCAGGAGCAGCGGAGCGGAAGAGGCGACGAAGCCACCAGCGAAUGUCAUCCGAUCUGCCGUGGAGGAUGUAUCCAUGGGGCCUGUGUUGCGCCAAGUGUUUGUAGCUGUGAGGCCGGGUUCAGCGGUAAACAUUGUUUGCAGAGAUGCAAGAAUGGUACUUGGGGCGUUAACUGCAAGAACCGAUGCCACUGCCAGAACCAUUCGCUGUGCGACACGAAAACGGGUCACUGUCGUUGUGUGGACGGUUGGAUGGGCAAACACUGUGAAACACCGUGUCCUGAGGGGUUCUAUGGUACGAUGUGUGGGGCCAGAUGCGACUGCAAGACCAGACACUGUCAUCCGCAGACCGGCGCCUGUCUACCCGAUGACGAGAUCGUGAUGUUCGACAACAUCACUCGGACGGUGGAAAGCAGCUACUCGUCCGAGAGCACCGAGCGGAUCUCGGCCGAACAGUGGAUUAAGGUCGAGAAUGACACCACAACAACCGUUCCGUCUACCAGCAGUGUUGCUACCGAGGAGCCUACAACGAGUAGUAGCAACUCAUCUUCGACGACCACGACGACGACGACGACAACGUUGGCGGAUGGAUCGAGUCCUGAGCCCAGCAGCGCCGCAACGUACGCGGAAUCCUAUCACGAGUAUCUCCCAAACAACACCGAGAUGAGCAUGGUGCUGACAAAGGGCCACUCGCGGUACGCCAGCAACGACAGCGUGUACGAACUCGUCACCACGACGUCACGCGUCGAGAUCACUUUUAUCGAUACGGCUGUCCAAAAGGUCGAAGAUCACGCGCCGCUCGGUAACGCUUCGGCAGCAGAGGAGCAAGAUCGGAAGGGGGAGGGUGCUGAUACGGAUGACACCGCAAAUGUCACCGACACCCAGCUCGUCUAUCUCGAGUCAUCGAACCAGCCCGUUCUGGUGGGCAUACAGACCACCGACCAAGAAACGGACCGUAACCGACGUCAAGAUGAGUCGCGUGACCGUCAAGCAUUCGUGACGAUCUCCUGUUUGCUCAUCACGCUCGCAUUACUCUGCUCGGUCGUCGCAUACCUUAAACGAUUGGAUCGGAAAACGCUCGUCAAACCGAGCGGGGCCGUACCACCGCCACCGAUCGUCAAGAUCGUGGACGGGAGUGUACAGACCGGUAUCGAUCCGAAUCGAUCCUCGGAACCGCUCCCCGAUCUGCCACACGUUACGUACACGCGAGUCAAGCCCAAGCAGGAACGGAACCUUGGUGACCUUGAACAUUACGAUGUGCCGGCCAACAACAGCUUCAUCCAUCGAGCCAAAUCAUCACCGUACAACUACAACUUCUCCGGCAACAGCGUCAAACCACCGCCUCGGAAGUACAGUCUCGAGCAUAUCUACGACGAAAUACAAUACCCUCCGGUGGCAGAACUCGCAGCCAGCACGACGGCACUGGCUGAUAAGGACACGCAGCUGGCCACGGAUGCAACGAGCGAUGCUGGGUACUGCAAACCGAUGGUCAAAUCCACCAGGAACCUCCGGAGUGGUAAGUUCAGGAGCAGCAACAUCUCGCGUGCGAACGGAAUCGAAAUGGAAGGCUUCAAGUGGUGCCUGCUGGUAUCGUUGGCACUGUCGGGCCAGUUUGGGCUCACACCCGCCCAGGAUGGUGUUAAAACGUGGCGCAAAGGUGGCGGAGGUGUUAAGGGAGGUUUCCCUAAUGGUACGAUGUUGGUCGAGAUGCAGACUCUUGGUAACGCACAGAACCAAUCGUCGUCGAUGAGUCUGCACCGUUCGAACGACUCGCUCAGUGCGCUGGAUCGAUUUAUGAACAAAACAAAGAGCCAAAUUCCGACCGGAGUUUGCUUCGAGGAAGUACCGACCGUCUCCCUGCUGCAGGGCUCCGCUCGUGGUGAUGUUCCGGUGGGCAAUGGGUCCAAUCCAUCGCUGAGUCGCGUACAGGUUUGCUGUGCCGGGUACGAGCGGAACGUCCACAAUUUCCGCAAGUGCGAACCGGUCUGCACGGAACCGUGCCAGAAUGGACUCUGUGUCGCACCGAACACUUGCGAGUGUUAUCCGGAUUUUGUGCGAAAUGCACGUGGUCGGUGCGUUCCGACUUGUCCGAUCGGUUGCGAGCAUGGAGAUUGUCUCGGUGGAUCGAACGUUUGCAUCUGUCACGAGGGCUACGAACUGGAUGAGGACAAAGGGAAGCUGUGCGUGCCCAAGUGUACCGGAGGUUGUGGAACGGCCGGACGCUGCGUCGAUGUGGAACGGUGCGAGUGUGCCGAGGGCUACGGGUUCCAUCCGGAGCACAAGUGCGCUCCGGUGUGCGAGGGUGGCUGCCAGGGUGGUAAAUGUGUCGCACCCAACGUCUGUCAAUGCGGUGCCGGUUACGAGAAGGUUGAUUCCAUCUGUGAACCCAUCUGCUCGAGUGGUUGCUUUCAUGGUACUUGCACCGCUCCGGAAACCUGCACCUGCAAACCAGGCUACAAACUGAUCGGAGAUCAGUGCACCGCUAGCUGUGAUCAACCUUGCCUGAACGGCGAAUGUACUGGACCGAACGUUUGCAGUUGCAACCGAGGCUACGAGCUUGAUGCCGUAAAUCCUUUCCACUGCAUUCCCCACUGUCCGAACGGAUGCCCGAAUGGGGUGUGCUCGGGACCUAACAUGUGUCUCUGCAAUGCCGGCUUCGUGAAGGAUCGCUCGCUGAAAGGAAGUCAAGCUUGUGUGCGGCGCACCGAUGCCGUCAAGUCGAUCAUCUUUGCGGGCGUCCUGUUGAUGGUGGUCCUGCUGUCCAGUGGGAUUGAUGGCGCUUGUUCUACUACUAAGGCAGAAAUAGGGUACCAGAUGAAAGGUAAUAAAAAGGUUGCGACAAUUAAGGUACCAUGCUGCACCGGAUAUAAACGCUUGAAAAACAGACAAUGCGAACCAAUCUGUUCUCAACCGUGUGAGAACAGCAAGUGCACGGCACCAGGCGUCUGUACUUGCAACGAAGGAUAUAGGAAGCUAAAUAAUAAUAGAUGCAUUCCACACUGUGACGAGUGCGAUAAUGGUGUCUGUAUAAAGCCAGGCUACUGUCAGUGUUCGACCGGUUACGUUAAGAGUGAUAACGGCACGUGUGUGGCGGAGUGUAACAACUGUUCCAAUGGGUUCUGCCAGUUUCCGAACGAAUGUGAAUGUUAUGCCGGUUACCAGCUCGUCAGAGAUGGCGAUACAGGACACGAGUGUAAGCCAGUGUGUGAGGGAGGAUGUUCCAAUGGCCGAUGCGUCGCUCCAGAUAAAUGCGUUUGUAACGAGGGCUUCAGCAUGGCCACGACCGGAGAGUGUGUCCCUGUUCCACGAUGUUCAGAUGGAUAUGAGGAGUUUAAGGAAGAUGAUGAAGCCACCGUUCAGUGUCGGCCAAUCUGUAGUGAACCUUGCCAGCAGGGACACUGUGUAGCUCCAGAGCAGUGCGAAUGCUAUCAGGGAUAUUCGAAUGUUAACUCGAGCUCACCGCACCAGUGCCUUCCGGUGUGCAAUGGAGGAUGUAUCAAUGGUGAUUGCGUUGCACCGGGCCAGUGCAUUUGUCGGCCACAGUAUGGCAAGAUUGGGGACGAGUGUGUUCCGUUGUGCGAAAAGUGUUCGCUUGGCCAUUGCGUGAGGCCGAAUGAAUGCGUUUGUGAUCGUGGUUACCGGUUGACGAAUGGUGAUUGUGAACCGAUCUGCGAGAUGGAAUGCAUCAACGCGAUCUGCACCGGACCGAACUCCUGCACGUGUUUACCGGGCUACAAUUAUACUGACAUCAACGCGUUGUUUGAUUGUUUGCCAGUUUGCGACGAGGAGUGCAUCAACGGGCGCUGCGUUGCUCCACAAACGUGCGAAUGUGACGAAGGUUACGUACGAGAUGAUGAGAACAUGUGCGUUCAUCCAGUGGAACUUUGCCGCCAGAAGUGUGCCAAUGGUCAAUGCCGUGGUGCGGAGUGUUACUGCAACGCAGGAUAUGUGAAAAGCGCAUCCGAUGGACACUGCGAGCGAACCUGUCCCAAUGGCUGCACAAACGGUGACUGUCGUGGAGGCGCAUGCUUCUGCUACGAAGGAUAUCAGUUGCAUCAGGACAACGAAUCAAUCUGUGAGCCGGUGUGUGGAGAAGAUUACGACUAUAGCAGUACGGGUUGCAUAAAUGGACGCUGUAUUCGACCAAACGUUUGCCAGUGUGACGAUGGAUACGAGUUCGUCGACGUCAACCAAACACGCUGCGAAUCGAGUGAAGAACUGGCACGACAGAGAGCAGCUCAGGAGCGAGCCGCUCUUUGUCAAAAGAACUGUCGCAAUGGCAAAUGUCGUGCGGGUGAGUGUUGGUGUGACGAAGGAUAUGCUCGACCGGAAGGAGAUGGAUUCAUCUGCAAGCCGGUGUGCGAUGAGCCCUGUCGCAACGGAACCUGCGUGUUGCCGAACCGAUGCGAGUGCAAUGCUGGGUUUGUGUUCGUGAAUGAUAGCAACAGUGUGUGCCGAUCGGAGGAAGAUCUACGAAGGGAAGCCAACGAACUCUGUACUGCGCUGUGUCGGAAUGGUGAUUGCUACGGUGGGGAGCGAUGCAUCUGCAUGAUAGGAUACCGUGCACCGGAAGAUGAACCCUACAACUGUCAACCGGUGUGUGGACGAUCGUGUGAAAAUGGAUACUGCAUUGGGAACGAUCGGUGUCGGUGUCACGAUGGUUUCGGGAUGAAUGCAGAAGAUGAUCAUCUCUGUAAUCCGAUCUGUACACCCGAUUGCGUCAAUGGAACUUGCAUAGCACCAGAUCAGUGUCAAUGCAAUCCAGGAUACAUUCGUGACGAGAAUCAGACAAAUGUCUGCACGAAGCAGGAAACACCCGAGGAACGGAUGGCACGCGAACGACAGACCAAGUGUGAGCGUGAUUGUCGUAAUGGCCAGUGCGAGCAGGGAGAGUGUCGGUGUGAUGAAGGCUUCCGUCAUUCACCGGGGAAUGUGCUACAGUGUGAACCAUUCUGUGAACAGGACUGCAAGAACGGUCGAUGCAUCGGCAAUAACCGUUGUGAGUGUUUCGAACAGUAUAAGUUAGCGGAAUCGUUUGUUUGUGCUCCAAUCUGCGAGGCGGACUGUUUGAAUGGCGUAUGCAGUGCUCCAAACCGAUGCCAAUGCGAAGAAGGAUACCGCAAGUCAAACGAAUCCGACAACGAAUGCAGACCCGUUUGUGGUGAUACAGACUGCACGAAUGGUGUUUGUGUGGCGCCGAACGAGUGCAGCUGUUUAGAUGGAUACUAUCCAGACGAGGACAAUCCGUUCCACUGUCUUCUUGAUGCGAAAGCCAUUCUGCUACCACGUGAAGGAAGUGAACGUGACUACUAUAAGAUGUCAUACAUGCACUACUUCAUUCCGGUGGUCGCCAGCGUGGCACUUAUCCUGACGAUUCUCAUCAUCAAGACGAUAGUGCGGAACCGACAGAAGAACUACCAUGUGGGCAAGUUGGGUAAUGUACGGCAACGAUCACGCCGCAACACCGCAACCCGUACCAGCAACACCGCUCACUAUAACGAUUACAAUCUGGUCGUUCUCUUCCCCACAGAGAGCAAGGAAAACUGCGUCUACUUUAUGCCGAAUCCGGACUCUAAAACUGAUGAGCUUACGAAAUUGAACCUUCCCAUAGAAACAAUUUGACUCUCUUGACGACUUUUGCAUUUUGGAAUCUCUUCAAAUCUUUUGAACACGCAAAAAUAAAUGACUUGCCCUCUAUUCCCCACUAACAAUUGGAAAUUACUGAUGUUUACUUAACAAUUGGAAAUCCUAGUGGUAUGUAGGAGUUUUUGAGGCUGGAUAGGCUCUGUCCAUUCGUUCAGAAAGGAGAGUUUCCCACCUAUGAGUAGUAAAUUUCAGCAAAACCUCGGUUAUAAUUGGAGCAAUCCUAGCAAAAUUUUCCAUGUGAUACUUUCAAGUUUCGAAAAAGGUUUUACCAAAGGGAAUGUUUGCCGACUUGUCUCAUUAAGGUAGCCUGUCUUCAAUAUUUGGAA